AACGACUUUUUUUUUCAUGUACUUUGGGGAACGUUGUCAUUCGAAGCCGGGGUGGGUGUGGCGGCGCACAAGCAGGAAGUGAAAGUUUUUGUUUACAUUUUGACCGUAGAAAAAUGGAAUCGCUGUUUCAGGUUGCGCAGCCACAAACACAAAUGUAUUCGAUACUGUACACAAUUUCCCUUACUAGUGCAAUUGAUUAUGAAGUGGUGCCUUCAGAGAGCAUUUUCAGGAAUUGACGUGUGGAUCAUGAGUUGGUGUGUUUCCGGGACAUAUGGCCUGCUGCCCCGCAUCAUUACCUGGUUGUUCCCGUCGAGCACAUUGUAAACUGCUCAUCGCUGCACACAGGACACGUUGGACUUGUUGAAAAGAUGGCAGAAAUGGGCAGAGCUGUACUACGGGAGCAAGGAUUUGCUCAUAUGGAGGACAUAAGGAUGGGAUUCCAUCACCCUCCGUACACGUCGGUAGAUCACCUCCACCUGCACGUUCUGGCCCCGGCCAGCAUGAUCAAAGAGGUCUUGAUGGUUAAAUUCCGACCGGGAUCCUUGGCCUUUAUCGAGGACGAGGAGCUGCUGUGCUUCCGGGACGUCAAGCCGGGCGCUGGGCAUCAUUAUCUCGUCAUAACCAGAAGGCACAUCUGCAACUGUAAAGCUCUGCGUGCGCAACACAUCCCCACAGUGGAGCGAAUGGCCGAGAUGGGAAAGUGCGCCCUGGAGAAAAACAAAGUGCGCGACCUCAAAGACAUCAGGCUGGGCUUCCACGUACCUCCCUUCUCAUCCGUGCCCCACCUCCACCUGCACGCCUUGGCCCCGGCCAGCAAGAUGAACGAAAGCUCGCAGCGGAGAUACGGGCCGCAGUCGCACUGGUUCAUCUCGCGUCUUGCAGGUCGAGGAAACGCUGUCGCAGCUCAGGACACGAGGCAGAAUCAAAUGAAAUCAUCCGUGGAAUAAACAUAGUCAAGU